AUGCCCGCGACCGACGUAUGGACAAUCGCUUGGGGUGGAGGAACACCCAACUUCAGGAACUCAAAGGGUUCACGCCCGACAGACCUCGCUUACACGAGACAUUUGCAGUCACAUACCAGUCAAGAGAUUUCGCUGAUGACUGAAAACACGACAUCGGCUGGCCAACAACCCGCCUCCCAGCACGAAAUCUUUCACCGACCAAAUUACAUGAAACGGCCACAUUCCAUCAUCAAGGUCUCCAAUUUCGCCACCCGCAAAGCGAUGGAAGAUAAUGAAAACGUUGUUGAUGAAAGAGUCGAUUCGACAAGAACUGCUUUCGGGCUAUGGUGA